AUGCAAUUUCUAACUCCAAAUGUUCUACGAUCUGUUGCGGUACCAGGAGACAUGAUUCUUUUCAAACGACUUGCCUACUUUCGAAACGACGAAAACGGUUUUGAUGUCGUUCAUGUUCAUGGAUCGAAAGUCAACCCGGAACAAGCAAAUGAUCGAGAGCCACAAUUGCUGGAUCGAAUCGGAUCGGAUCUGGACAAUCAAAUCGAUAAUGUUUUGACACCUGCGAAUCGUGCUCUCAUUAUGGAAAGACUCGACAAAGCGGUCAGUCAAAUCCCAACUAAUAGUGAAUACGAUCUAACCGAAACGUUCGAAUAUUCACCAGGGCGGUCAAGUGAUCAAGAAGACGGUGGAUCGGCGAAGGCGGCGGAUCGGCGAAGCUACCAGUUUUACGCAUUGCAGAUAAUUUUUUUC